AUGAGUAGCGAUGAAGGAGAAACAUUUGCUACAGAGCAAACUAGUCAGCAAGUUUUCCAGAAGCUAGGUAAUAACAUGGAAAACCGAGUCUGUUUUGAUUGUGGGAACAAAAACCCUACUUGGACUUCAGUACCAUUUGGUGUGAUGUUGUGUAUUCAAUGCUCUGCCGUGCAUAGAAAUCUGGGUGUUCAUAUCACUUUUGUGAAGUCUUCUACGUUAGAUAAAUGGACAAUUAAUAAUCUUAGAAGAUUUAAGUUGGGAGGAAACCAUAAGGCUCGUGAUUUUUUCUUGAAGAACAAUGGAAAACAGCUAUUGAAUACUGCAAAUGUUGACGCCAAGACAAAAUACACGAGUCCCGUGGCCAAGAAAUAUAAGAUACACUUGGACAAGAAGGUUCAAAAAGAUAUGGAGCUAUACCCGUCCGAAUUGGUUUUGAACACUCAAGAUUCUGCAGACUCACCAUUAGACACCGAUUCUGAAGCUUCGAGGUCAAAUUCUAAGGAGAGUAGCGUCGACGAUUUCUUCUCCAAUUGGCAAAAACCAAACACGAAUUCCAAUUCUAACUCCAAGAUUAAUGUAAGUCCGGGAUCCUUGGCCUCCAACAACAAUGACACCAGCACCACCGGCAUCAAGACUGCUGCGACGAAAACGAGAAGCUCAAUUUUGACAGCAAGCAGAAAGAAACCGGUAUUGAACUCGCAAGAUAAAAAGAAACACUCAAUUUUAUCAUCAGCAAGAAAACCUACAAGACUAACCGCCAAAAAGAUGGAUAAAUCACAAGCAGAAGAUCUGUUUGAACAAUUUGAAAGAGACGCUGAGCAAGAAAAGGAAGACGAGUUUUCCAAUACGUCUUCCAGCACCAAAAUUAGACAAAAUGAUUAUGACUCCCAAUUCAUUAGUAACGGCAAAGGUAGCAAUAAUGAUAGUAUAGAUGAUAUCAAUACACAACCUGACGAGUUCAAUGAAUUUUUGAAUGACACUUCAAGCAACCUUGACACUAAUAGGAACGAACAACAAGAUACUUUAACACCAAAGUUUGCUAAAUUAGGAUUUGGUAUGACCAUGAAUGAUGCCAAUGAUUUAGCCAAACAACAAAAGGAAUCCCAAAAAAUAGCUCAAGGACCAAGGUAUACGGGGAGAAUUGCGGAAAGGUACGGCACACAGAAGGCCAUAUCAUCGGAUCAGCUCUUUGGUCGCGGUUCAUUUGAUGAAGCAGCAAGUAAGGAAGCACAUGAUAAAUUGAAAACCUUUGACAAUGCUACAUCGAUUUCCUCAUCCUCAUAUUUUGGCGAAGAUAAAGAGGUUGACGAAUUUGGCAACCCAAUCAAUAAUAGUGGAAGCGGAAUAGGAAGCUUUGAUGGCCCUAAUUCCAACAGUGGGUUCAUUGAUUUUAAUGCUACUGCAGAUGAUGAGUUACAAAUGCUGAGGGACGUUGUUGAACAAGGUGCCGAAAAAUUAGGUAGUUAUCUAAGAGAUUACUUGAGAAAGUGA